CAUACAUGAAGUAUAUAUUUUAACUAACUCGUUAAUGUCUCUCGUCAAGUUUAACGCAACAAGUUGAAGUCUAAUGACUCUCAGCAAGGUGACGUUGUGCUAUUUGCUCACGCAGGAAUCUUCUAUAUUUUCUUUAAGAAACACAUGUGAUUCUGAUUGCUUCUUCAAAUAGUUGUUAAAGUAAACUCCAUGGAAUCUCGCAAUUUUACUGUGGAAAAUAAUGUCUAUAAAGGACCGGUGGUUAAUUACACAGGUACCUAUAAAAGCAUCGGACACUUGAUAUGGGAUAAACUUACUAGCCAUGGGAAUAAAAUCGCACAUGUGGACGCGCGUACGGAAGAAACGGUCACUUAUAAAGAACUGCAAAUCAAAACCGUGAAAUGCGCGUUGUGGUUGAAACAACAAGGAAUCGGACGCGACGAUGUCGUCGGUUUAUGCAGCAACAAUCACUUAGAUUCUAUCGUGCCGUUCUUAUCAGCGACUUACGUUGCUGCAAUCUUCAAUCCAAUGCACGACAACGUAAAUCUAUCAACCGCAUUGCAUUACAUAAAACUGACCAAGCCGAAGGCGAUCUUUUGCACUGCGAAACCUUUGGAUGUAAUUCGUAAAGCGCUGAAAGAGACAAACUACAACAUCAAAAUAGUAGUUUUCGACGACAAUUCUGAUGAGUUUUCGUUUUCUGAUAUCUUAAACAGUUACAGCAACGCGGAGAUAUCAAAUUUCCGACGCGUCGAAACUUUUGACUUGAAGAAAACUGGGUGCAUUUUGUACACGUCCGGCACCACGGGAAUGCCGAAAAGAGUCGAAGUGUCCAAUUACGUUGUGAUAGACUGGGCUACCGCGGACAUCAUGAACAUAAGAAACAAUACGGUGUUGUGGUACUCGUGUCUUUUUUGGAUGACUGGAGUGCGUUUCAAUUUGGAAACGAUCGUUCAUGGCCGCGAAGUGCUUCUAUACCCGGUAUUUGACGAGGAAAUGACAUGCGUGUUGAUCGAAAAGUACAAGGUUAACAACAUUUUCUUAAGCACGAGUAUGAUGAGUCGAUGGUUUAAGGCCGGUUAUAUAAAGAACUAUUCAUUAUCGUCUUUGAAAGUUAUAUUUGCCGGUGGGGCGACUCUAAAGCCGAGUGUGCAAGAGAAUCUGAAGAAUCUGUUACCGCACGUCAAUAUACUUCAGAUCUACGGUACGACAGAAUUUGGUGCUAUAACGGUGCAAAAUUCGAAGCACAAAAAUGGAUCCUCCGGCGUGGUGACCAAUAAUGUGCAACUAAAAAUUGUGGAUUCGGACACCGGCACGAUUCUGGGUCCGAAUCAGUCGGGUGAGAUAUGGGUAAAGAAAAUAAACAUGAUGACCGGCUAUUACAAUAAUCUUGAAAAGAUAAACGAAACGAUUGAAAAAGACGGAUGGAUGCACACAGGUGACAUCGGUUACGUUGAUGACGACGGGGAAUUGUUUGUUUGCGAUAGAAUAAAAGACAUCUUACAAUACAGAUGCAUUCCCAUCUUACCUAGUGAAAUUGAGGAAGUAUUAAGUACACAUCCGGCAGUGAACGAAGUCGCGGUAGUGGGAGUGCCGCAUGAAACAGACAACGAUCAUCCGCUUGCUUUUGUUACCGUAAACCCCGACGCUAAGGUGACGGAACAAGAAUUAAUCGAUCACGUGGCGAACAACAUGAUGGAUGAGUACAAGCUUCGUGCUGGUGUUGUAUUUAUAAAAAAUUUUCCAUAUACGGAAUCUGGGAAAAUUUCGAAGAAAGACUUGAGAGCAAUGGCUAAGAAAUUAGCUGUAAACUGAAAAAUUAAAAAAACUCUUUAAUUUAAAGUAAAAUUAAUUUUUUCAUUGAGAAGUAACACUUAGUUUUGAAUGUGAACAGUUAUGUAGGAAGUAACAGUAAUACGAAUCGAGUCACUGGUGGUGGCUGUUAUUAAAUAGUUUCUAAUAUAUGAAUGUGCGACGGUUCGUUUUACGUAUUAAGGUAUUAUCAAGCAAAUUAAAGUAAAUAAAUAAACGGUGAUUGCAAAAAAUACAAAUGUUAAAAAAAAAAGAUUAAAAUAAAA